AUUGUUACAGGCAGCUGAGUUAGUUAAAAAUAUUAUAGGCUGUCAGAUAAGGCUGGGCCCUUUAAAGAGCCAGUGCAGAAACCAGAUCUUUGCCAUCUUGGAGGAGACAGAUACCUCUGCUGUGGGCCAGACCUCAAGGCAAAGGGCAAAAAAUGUCAGUGUAGUUGGAACAAAAAGGGCUAGUUAAGAGGAGGCCUUCAGGGUUUAGGAGAUUUUGGUCUGUAGAUUAGGUCUGUAAGAUUGCUAUCUGUAGUUUCUACUAUUUUCUAAACCUCUCAUUUAAUUUCACCCUGCUGUACCAAAUACCCUUGGCAAUUUGAAAUGCUCUCAAGGAGGCUUUCUCACCCAGCCAGAUGGGAUUAAAGACCCUCUGUGACACAUUUAUACUAUCUUGGGCUUCCUUUGUCAUGUUCACCAAGAGACACAUACAUGGUCUCAGCCUCCCACAGCACUGCCUAGUACAGUUUUUUUGUUUUUGCUUAUAUUUUUCUUUUGCUAUACUGAGGAUUGAAUUAAGGGCAUUUGCACUGAACUACAUCCCCAGCCCUGCCCUCCCUUUUACAUUUUUGAGAUUAGGAACUCUAAAUUACUAAACUGCCCAACCUGGAGUCAUAUUAGCAAUCCACUUGCCUCAGCUUCCCAAGGUGCUGGGAUUAGUACUUUCAAAUUUCUAUCAGGUGCUGGCAAUUUAGAUAUUUUAAUUUAUAAACUGAAAUUUAAUUUUUAAUUUGGCGAUUCAGUGGCACUCGAAUAUGUGGAAAUACAAAUAUUUCUUGCCUUUUAGAGGCUCUUGAAGUUUUCCCUUCCCCCAAGGUUUAUACUGCAAGGAAAAUAGGAAGGAGGCAAAGGCUGAGAUUAGAUCAAGAAGCUUCCAAGGGAGGAGUUGGUAAAGGGGGAAGGGUGGUUGGAAGGAAGGGAACACCAGGAUGUAAAUUUCCACCCUGGUUAAUGGAUUAAGAAAGGUGUGAGCUGCUACUUUGAGAAACCUGAUGGAGACUCACAAGGAGUAUCUUAACUGAGCAACAGGAAAUCCACUAGAGCUACAGACCACCAGAGAAUGUAAGAGUGGAGCCUGCCCCCUGGAGCUUCCUACAUACUGGAAGGUAAUGGAUUUCCGUUUACCCCUAACCCACUGGAGAGAAGAUGGUUGCACUCUGAAUAGCCGAAAAUGGAGGAAGGACUCCACCAAUACAGGAGCCAAACCUGUUUGCAGCUAAGCCUCUUUGCAGCACCUGAUCUGGCUCUGAAGCCAAGCCUCAUUUUUACCUUUGCAUAGAAAUUUGCAGGAGAGGUUUUGGCAUCACCCUGAAUUGCAGCUAAAAAUCCUAUCAGAAUGAAUUGUUUAGGCACAUGACAUAAACAAAUUUAGAUGGUAUAGAUUAGAUAACAAUGGGCUUUAAAACUGUAGCCUUUUCUGACCAGCCCUCAGAAAGAAUUUGCAGGGCAAGCAGCAAGAUAUAAGAACAUAGGAAACCAGAACUGUUGAGCUCUGGAUGAUCGACCUGGGAGGCAGAAGUACAGACGCUACAGCUGUAAAAUGGCCCAGAGUGGGAAACACUGAGCAGCACUGAAACAUCUGGAGAUUCAGUUUAAAGAACCGGUUAGUGCUUGGUGAUAGGCAUGGGUCUAGUUUCAGUCUUCGUCAUAAAUCCAUCAGGCCAUGGGCUUUUCUUUGCUGGUGCCAGUUUAUGAAGAGACAGCUGUGGAAGUUGGAGGGACAACUGCUUCAGUCACAAGUGAUUUUAAAAUGGAAGAUCACUUCUUGAGUCAAGACCAAGAACUAGACCCACUAAAGAAUCAUGAGAGGGACUCCAAUCAGAGGAAAAAGCACGAUGAAGAUGAUGACCUGAUCUUCGUUGGAAAGGAAUAUGUAAAUGAAGAUUCUGAAAUUCUCUUUGUCAAGGUGAUUGCAAAUUCAAAACCAGUUAUUUCAAACAUUUUGAACAGAGUAACCCCAGGAUCAUAUUCGAAAAGAAAAAAAAGAAAAAUAGAUCACCUCAGUCAAGACACGGCUCAUGUGUCUCAAUCUGGAAUUAAUGUGACCCCAGGAGUUAAAACAAUGGCUGCUAUGCCAGAUUUUCAGUCUGAAUCAAGAUCAACAGAUAGUCCCAUUAGCAUUGAACCUUUAUCAAUCAAUCUUCCUUAUAAAGUGAGCUCAUCACAAGACAUUCCUUCUCAAGAUUCAAAGCAACUUUUCAUUGCUGAUAAGAUCAGCAGAAAUUGCCAAGUAUCUAUACUCGGGAAUGAAGUCCCCAGAGCACAUUCUUCAGCCAUGACCUCUUCUGGUAUCUCCCCUAAAAUGGACAUAUGCACACCAUCAAAAAGCUUUUCCCUGUCAUGUUGUACUCAGAAUAGAACAUCCUUUCCUCCGACUCAUGCUAAUGAUAAGGGACCUUCCGCUUUCAGAUAUCCAGACCCAGAAAAAAGCUCUGAGAGUCUGGUAAACACAGAUUUGUCAAGUUUAACAGAUCAAAACAAGACCUUUGAUCCUAAGAAGGGAAAUCUGGUCCUAUUACUUAGUGACUUUUACUAUGGAGAGCAUAAAGGAGAUAGGAAGCCAGAACCAAAGACUCACUCAACCUUCAAAUGCUUCAGCUGCUUGAAAGUUCUAAAAAAUGUUAAGUUUAUGAACCACAUGAAACACCAUUUGGAAUUUGAGAAGCAGAGGGGUGACAGCUGGGAAAAUCACACGACUUGCCAGCACUGCCACCGGCAGUUUUCUACUCCAUUCCAGCUGCAGUGUCACAUUGAUGGGGUGCACACAGCCCAGGAGCCCUCUGCCGUCUGUAAAAUCUGUGAGUUGUCAUUUGAAACAGAUCAAGUUCUCUUACAGCACAUGAAGGACAAUCAUAAGCCUGGAGAAAUGCCCUAUGCAUGCCAGAUUUGUCGUUAUAGGUCAUCGGCUUUUGCAGAUGUAGAAACACAUUUUAGAACGUGCCAUGCAAACACUAAGAAUUUGCUUUGUCUGUUUUGUCUUAAAAUUUUCAAAACUGCAAGUUCUUACAUGAAUCAUUGUUGGAGACACUGGAGCAAGAAAAGAGUCUUUCCAUGUUCCAAGUGCCGGCUACAGUUUUUGUGUUUGAGGGAGGAAACAGAGCACAAAACCAAGAAUCAUCAAACAUUCAAAAAGCCAGCACCUCUGGAAGGGCUGCCUCCUGAAACAGAGGUUAUUAUUCAAACUUCAGUUCACCCAUCGAGAGGUGCAGAAUCCAUUGUUGUAAGCAGCACUGACUUUUGCCUGUCACCUGUGAAAACUAGAAAAAGGAAGAAAUCUAGGUAUUCUGGACUCCGUUGCAGUUCUGGCUAAAUAUAUGUUUUACUCACUUCCGUGGACUCUGAAAGGCAGAUAUGAGGCUAGGUCAUCGGUGCAUCAUGACUGAUACUAGCACAGAUGCGCAUAGUGUUGGAUUUUACAGUGAAAUCCCUAGCUCUCUACAGAGGCAGUUCAAAAAUCUUCAUCAUGCUCUUUCUUCACUCAAACCCCUGUAGAAAAAGAUCAUUAUUCUGAACUCUAUCAUCUUAGAUGAAUUUUUACUGAAUUUUAAAUAAAUGUGUUAAAUAACUUUAAAUAGAAUAAAACAAUAAAUUCUUAUCUUUGACUUUAUUUAAUAUAAAUAAGGGCCAUCACACUCUCCUACCCAAAACACUGAAGAUUGAACCCAGGGCUUUCCUACUGAGCUACGUUCUCAGCCCCUUAGUUUUUGAGGCAGGGACU